CAUACAUACAUGGAUGGCAACAAAAAAAUAAAAAAUUACCGACCAAACAUUAAGAAAUCAACAUUAUUAAACUGGCGUUAACGUCGUUUAAUACAAAACUAAAAUACAGCAGCGUUUACAGCGAUGCCAGCGUCAGCGUUAAAAUGUUAAAACGACAUUUUGAGUUGGUUUAACAGAAAAACACACAAGAUUUAGUACCAAUUCGUCGUUGUACUGAAACACAUGGAAUAGUAAAGCGUAAUAAAUUUACCCCAAAAAAAAAAAAUAAAAAUUAAUAUAAAAUUUGUUUUCUUAAUAAAUAAAUCUUUUAAAAUAAAUAUAUAUUUGCAAAUCAUUCUAAAAUUUGCAAAAAAAAAAUAAAAAAAUAUUUAAAAGAUUUACAAAAAAAGAAAAAGUCCAUCUACCUAAAGAAAUAAUCAUAAAAUAUAUAGUAAAAAUAUUAAAAUAUACUUAUAAAUAAAUACAAAAUUUACACAUCAUGCUUAUAACUUCUUCCGAUCCAGUUAUGGCCACAAAUAAUGAUGGCGGAACAAUAGCAGCCAAUCAGUGGCAGCGUAAUUCCCAGGCCGCCGUCUCAGUUAAUCAUGCUUUCAAAGCGUAUGGCAAAAAGAAAAACGCAAAUCAAGUUUUAAGCAACUUGAAUAUGACAGUACCAAAGGGCACAAUUUAUGGUUUACUUGGCGCCUCGGGUUGCGGUAAAACAACUUUACUAUCCUGCAUAGUGGGCCGUCGUCGCAUUGAUUCUGGUGAGAUUUCCGUAUUGGGUGGUAAGCCCGGCACACCAGGCUCUGGUGUACCCGGUAAACGUGUCGGCUAUAUGCCACAGGAAAUUGCACUGUAUGGUGAAUUUUCCAUACGUGAGACAAUGAUGUAUUUCGGCUGGAUAUUUGGCAUGGAGACAAAAGAGAUUAUCGAACGUUUACAUUUCUUGUUGAAUUUCUUGGAUUUGCCAUCGGAGAAACGUUUAGUAAAGAAUUUGAGUGGUGGCCAGCAACGGCGUGUAUCGUUUGCUGUGGCCCUAAUGCACGAUCCGGAGCUAUUGAUUUUGGAUGAACCCACAGUUGGUGUAGAUCCUCUGCUAAGACAGAGUAUAUGGAAUCAUUUGGUUCAUAUAACAAAAUCGGGUCAAAAAACAGUUAUAAUCACAACACAUUAUAUAGAAGAGGCCAGACAAGCGCAUACGAUAGGUUUAAUGCGUUCUGGUAACUUAUUGGCCGAAGAAUCACCCAGCGUUUUACUAUCCAUGUACAAAUGUAUCAAUUUAGAAGAAGUAUUUUUAAAAUUAUCCCGCAUUCAGUCACAAAAGGGCGAUAUAUCUCAGGUUAAUUUCAGUAAUAAUAUUUCAUUACAUGCCAUGGGUUUCGGCAGCAAAAUGGAUAAACCCAGUUCCAGUCAAGAAGGCGGCGUUGUGGGCCUCAAUUUCCAUCAGAGCAAAGAAAUUUUAAUCAACGACACCAAUGGAUCCAUUUAUACGUUAAAUCAAGAACCCUAUGACCCACCCAUGAAAAAAAAUAAUCCAAAUGAUGAGGAAAGCUGUCAAGAUUGUUAUGCCAGUUUAUGCAGAGUAACUUCCAAGGGAAAAAUCAAAGCUUUAUUAACGAAAAACAUGUUGCGUAUGUGGCGUAAUGUGGGUGUAAUGUUGUUCAUCUUUGCCCUACCCGUUAUGCAAGUGAUACUGUUUUGUUUGGCUAUUGGUCGGGAUCCUACUGGUUUGAAUAUCGCUAUUGUUAAUCAUGAAAUGAAUAAUACGGAAAUUUGCUAUUGGGAUGAUGGUUGUCACUUUUCAAACUUGGGCUGUCGUUAUUUGAAUCAUCUGAAUCAUAGUGUGGUGAAGACGUAUUAUUCGGACCUCGAGGAUGCAAAAGAAGCGGUGCGACUGGGCAAUGCCUGGGGAGCUAUUUAUAUAACGGAAAACUUUACGGAUGCUUUUACCGCUAGAGCUGCUUUAGGCCGAGAUUCUGAUGACGAAACCAUUGAUCAGUCUGAAAUUAAGGUUUGGCUAGAUAUGUCUAACCAACAGAUCGGUGUUAUGUUAAAUCGUGAUAUCCAAUUGGCUUAUCGUGAUUUUGCUAUGGGUCUUUUGGAUCAAUGUGGUAAUAAUCCCAAAUUGGGAGAUGUACCAAUUCAAUUCAAAGAACCUAUUUAUGGCACCAUGAAUCCAUCGUUCACUGAUUUUGUGGCUCCUGGUGUUAUUUUGACCAUUGUUUUCUUUUUGGCUGUCGCUUUAACAUCAUCGGCUUUGAUCAUUGAACGUACUGAGGGUCUUUUGGAUCGUUCUUGGGUGGCUGGCGUAACACCAGCUGAAAUUCUGUUCUCUCAUGUCAUAACACAAUUUGUGGUCAUGUGCGGUCAAACGACAUUGGUGCUUGUGUUUAUGUUGGUGGUCUUUGGUGUUACCAAUAAUGGUGACCUAAUCUGGGUUAUUGUGUUGACGCUGUUGCAGGGAAUGUGCGGCAUGUGCUUUGGCUUUCUUAUAUCAUCGAUAUGCGAAUUGGAACGUAAUGCCAUACAACUGGCCUUGGGUUCAUUCUAUCCCACCCUAUUGCUGUCGGGUGUCAUUUGGCCCAUUGAGGGUAUGCCAAUUGUGUUAAAAUAUAUUUCGCUGUGUCUGCCGCUAACCUUGGCCACCUCAUCGUUGCGGUCUAUAUUGACUCGGGGUUGGGAGAUUGUGGAAACUUCAGUGUAUUAUGGUUUCCUUAGUACUUUAGGCUGGAUUUUAGGUUUCUUAAUUUUAACAUUAGUGGUGCUGCGUUCGAAACGGGGUUAAUCGAUCACCUGUGUUUUCGUUCUAAUUUAAAUUUGAGUGUUGAAAGGCUUUAUGAAACUUUUAGCAAAAACUACAUAUUGGCAUACGAGUACAUUUAAUUUUAUAUUUGUUUUGUUAAUUGUUUUUUAAGAUUAUUUAACUUAUUUCUCUCUGUAUAUUUUUUUCUUCUUCUCAUCAUUUCUACGAACUACGAUUUUUCUUAAACAAAAAAAAAACAUCCUCUUUCCACGAUCUUUUUUCUCUUUUAUUUCUCUUACUUUCAUCCAUCAUUUACGUUUCAAAAGCCUUUGAAAAAGAAAACUUUGUAAAAAAAAUCCUACAAAACAAAAAAUAUAGUGUAAUUUUCUUUGUAUUACUUUUUAAGUUAACAAGUCCUAAUUUUUAUAUAAAACAUAAAAACAAACAAGCAAAAAUAAUUACAUAUUAUAAUUAUACAAAUUAAUUGUUUAUAAAUAAGUAGUAUUUAGUUUAAGGUGCAUUGUGUUUUAUAAUUUUUCGUUUCGGUUGGAAAAAAAAAACAAAAAAAAGAAAAGAACUAAAUAUAAUUUUUGUCUUUAAGCUCAUUGUAAUCAUCUGAUAUUUAAGCAUCAUUUUUUAUUUUUUGGCCAAAAGAAAUUUUAAAAAGAAAUCACAAAACAAAAACUCUUUUUAACGUCUUAUUUUAGAACCAGUUCAUUAUUAAUUUUUAAUUAAGGUUUAGGUUUUUUGUACAUACACACACACAAACAUUUCAAUAUUUUCCAUGGCAAAUAUUUGCUUGUAAGAGGGUUUUUUUUAUUAAUUAAAUAUUCUUACCAAAACUCAUAAUUUUCUUCAAUUCUUAAACUAUAAAACUAUUCUCUGCUUUCAUUUAUUAACACUCCAAUGGACUGUGAUUAGUGUUUUUUAUAUAUAUCUGCAUAUAUAUAAACAAAUAUCAUUUAAAUAUUUCUUUAUUUCUUUUAUUUGAAAGAAAUCUUCUCCCUUUGCUACCUUUCUUGUGUAAUUUUUAAGUUUUAGUUUUACAUAUUUUUCCAUUUUAGUAAAGUAGAAAAUUUCACAGUUUUUUAUUCUAAUUUUUUUGGGGGAAUGAUUUAUUAUUUUUUUUAUAGUUUUUAAAAUCAUUAAGUUAAAAAGAAAAUUAAAUAUAUAUAUUAAAAUAUUAAUUAUAACGAUUAGUAUUUUAAGUCUCUAUCCCAAAAUUUGGUCUUAUGUAUGUAUUUUAUAAAAAAAAAUUAAAAUAAAAAUUGUAAAUUUAUGAACAAUAUAUCUAUCUAUAUAGAAUUGAGCGCUUUUGAAAUAAAAAAUAAAAUAAUAAAAAAAAAUCAAA